GGUAGCAAGAGUGAUAAGACUAAAAUGCUCACCCAUAUUUCUAACCAAAAUAAAAAUUCACAAGUUUACUUGGCAGAUGGACUGCAAUUAGAGACCACUCCUAUAUCUUAUCAUGACCAUGUUCAAAGAGAGGAUUCACUAAAUGUAGACCUUCCUAUGAUCCCUUUGAUUUGGAUUCGACAUAGCACUAAUAACUUCUCAGAUUUCUGUAAAUUAGGAGAAGGUGGAUUUGGUCCAGUUUACAAGGGAAAUUUAGAAGAUGGAACAGAUAUUGCUGUCAAAAGACUCUCUAAAACAUCUGGUCAAGGUUUAGAGGAGUUCAAGAAUGAAGUAGUAUUCAUAGCUAAAUUGCAACAUAGGAACCUUGUGAGACUCUUGGGUUGCUGCUUUGAGGAAAAUGAAAAGCUUCUUAUAUAUGAGUACAUGCCAAAUUCUAGCCUUGACUCUCACCUGUUCAAUGAGGAAAAACGAAAGAAAAUAGAUUGGAAGUUACGAUUGAACAUUAUUAAUGGAAUUGCAAAAGGACUUCUAUACCUUCAUGAAGACUCCAGACUUAGAGUAAUCCAUAGAGAUCUGAAAGCCAGCAAUAUUCUUCUUGAUCAAGACAUGAAUCCUAAAAUAUCAGAUUUUGGACUAGCAAGGACAUUUGAAAAAGGCCAGAGUGAGGACAACACUAGAAGAGUUAUGGGCACCUAUGGAUACAUGGCUCCAGAAUAUGCUAUGGAAGGGUUAUAUUCAGUGAAAUCUGAUGUUUUCAGCUUUGGAGUUCUUUUAUUAGAAAUCAUUUGUGGAAAAAAGAAUAGUGGAUUCCAUCUUUCAGAACAUGGUCAAAGUCUUCUUGUUUAUAGUUGGAGACUUUGGUGUGAAGGAAAAAGUUUGGAAUUGUUAGAUCCAACACUUGAAAAGACAUACAUAGCCAAUGAAGCUAUGAAGUGCAUACACAUUGGUUUGUUAUGUGUACAGGAAGAUGCAGUAGAUAGACCAACCAUGUCCAUGGUUGUUGUCAUGCUUGCAAGUGACAGAAUGGCCCUUCCUAACCCUAACCAUCCUGCAUUUUCAGUUGGAAGAAAAACCAAGGAAGAAGAAUCAACAUCAAAAGCUUCCAAGGAUCCUUCUAUUAAUGAAGUAACAUUAUCAAAUAUUUUACCCAGGUAGUGGAUGUAAAUGGAUUUGAGCUCAUGAACUUUUAAU